AUGAAGGAAAUCAAAACAGAGAUCAUAAACACGACGGAGCAAAUUGGUGAUCUAGUCGAUUGGCUCGUCUUCCGCCAUGAACCGCCAGUUUCGCUCCCACCAACCAUGUACAUAGAUCUCGAAGGCGUAAACCUCUGCCGUGAGGGCUCCAUUUCCAUCCUUACCCUUCUAAUCGAUAACGGCGUUCCGACCCGGCGCGUCGGCCUGAUCGAUGUGCAUACACUAGGCGCACAAGCGUUCAACACUGCUGGUGCCAAACGGAAGACGCUAAAGGAUAUCCUCCAAGACGAAAAGAUUCCAAAGGUCUUCUUUGACGUUCGCAACGAUUCAGAUGCGCUGUUUGCGCAUUUUGGCGUGGCGCUGCAGGGGGUCGAGGACGUCCAGCUUAUGGAGAGUGCGACAAGGAAGACAACGGCAUCUCGGAAGUUCCUGAACGGUCUGACCAAAUGUGUUGAGAACAACUUGCCCAUGUCCAUUGGUGGUAUCGGACUAGUCAGCUGGAAGCUGGCAAAGGAGAAAGGCGAGCGAUUGUUCAAGCCCGAAUAUGGCGGCUCGUAUGACGUGUUCAACCAGCGACCGAUUCCAGAGGAUAUAUCAUCUUACUGUGUCGGUGACGUCCGGUACCUCCCUGAGUUACGGGAUAAGUUUUACACACACAGGGCCUAUCCGUGGCAAGACCUAGUCGGUGAAGAAACCAAAAAGCGCAUUGCGACGUCUCAGAAAUCGGACUACCAGCCUCACGGCCCAGAUAAGGUGAUGGCUCCAUGGAGCAAAGAACAGAACAUGCUUUUGGAUCAGUGGAAUUAUGUUCCUCCUCGCAAUGACUUUGACGAGGACUUUGACGAGUCCUUCGACUCAGAUGAUUGGUACGAUGACGGGCCGACCAGCUGUAGGGACGUCAUCGACGAUUGCGACUACGACUUUUAUUAUUCAGACUAA